GCGAGUACGGUCGUGUGUGGAAGGUGCUUAUGAAUCGUGUAAAAGCGCGCGAAUUUACGUGCGAGCGUGUGUAUUUCUUAUUAGAAAACAAUUUGUAGCCAAUACUAAAGGAACUUUAGAAAUAAUAUUGUGUAUUGUCUCAAAAUAUUAUGCGUUUAGUUUUAGUAUUUUUAUAAACGAGGAUAAGUGUCGUAGUGUGUUUGUGUAAAUUGGAAGAUUGAAACACAUGAAGAUAACGAAUGCCGGGAGCAAGAUACAUGACAUGAGAGGAACCGAAAAUAGCCAAGAUAUCAGGAAUAACUACGGCUUGCACAAUAUUUAGAACGAUGUCCUAGCAGCGGGGAACGGAAGGAGAGAAAAUGGCGAGUGCCGUAGCCCGCAGAAGGACGGGGGCGAAGCGAGGCCGAUGCUGGAAGUCGAGGCUCUUAUUCCUCGCUCUCGCAAUAGCCAACGCUAAUUCCCAGGAUAUAUCGGCCUGCUGUGCCAAAGCGACUGGGACCUGCCGAAGCGUCUGUGAAAAGAUGUCCCUGGUGGAGAUAGCGUCCAACGCGUCCAUGCGGGAGGAACGGAUACAAAACAUCUACAAGUUCUGUACGCCGACGCUGAUCGAGUUCUGGAUAUGCAUGAACGUGACUAUUCAAGAAGUGGUGUCAGGCUCUGGCUGGUGGGGGCGAGCGUGCUGCGCGCUCGGACGUUCCACGCCGUGUCGCCAGGCGUGCGCGACUGCCGCCGGCACCGCUGCGUUGUCGUCAGUAUGUCGCCGGUCCGACGAAAUUGCCUUCUUCAACUGCGUCAAACGGCAGGAGGAAGCGCAAGCUUGCUGCUCACAGACGCAGUCUCUAACGUGUCAUGAGGCAUGCCAGCGCGUCCUUUGGCGAGUGGGCACCGCGCACGUCGAACUAAAUGCCCGGGAGCGUGCUGUCGAAGCUUGUGAGCAGUCUGCGCCGCUCCUGCACUGUUUGAGGGACCUUACUGCUUCUACAGUCCACGCUGAUGCUUCUAAAUAUCUACCCUGCUGUCAUGAAUCUCCAAGUCAAGAAUGUAGAUCAACUUGCGAGUCUGUGCUCCGUCGCACGGGAGACUCUGGUGAAAUAGCCGAGGCCCUGAACCAAGACUGCGGAGCGCCGGCCAUCCACGAUGGACUCUGGCAAUGCUUCUUACGGAGGGCCGAGCCGCCUGAUACGAAGGAUCUCAUACCACGGGAUAUUGCUAAACUACAUUGCUGCAGCAGGGCGACAACAAUAAACUGCAGAAGGCUUUGCUUCAACACAUUCAACACAGACUGGCCGAACAAUUUUGAGAAAUUCGACUCGGAGUGUCUGGGCAAUCCACAAGAGACGGAUUUGACACAGUGCAUAGAAGAAGUGGAAGCUCCAUGUUCACUAGGCUGUGCUGGAUUGACAUACUGUAGUCAGCUGAACAACCGGCCGACCAGUCUAUUUAGAUCCUGCUCGGCUCAAGCAGAUCUUGACGCCCAUUUGGCUGUGGCAGAACAAAAGGAUAGUGGAUCGGUAAAGGUGUCUGGGUUGACGUUACCAUUGAAGAACUCUACACAGUGUCCAACUGAUAUUUGGAAAAACGUCGCUUGCGCACUGCAUGUCAAACCGUGCACUGCCAAGGGGCAUGCCAGCCUCCUAUGCGCGGCAGACUGCACGCGCCUAGUGUCGUCAUGCGUGGAGUGGUCGCGAGCGCCGCCCGCGCUCAACGCCGCAGCACUGUGCGCGCGCCUUGCCCCGGCAGAUCCAGCCGCGCCUUGCGUGUCGCUCACGGACUACAUGUCACCCAGUACACACCCACCGCUGCUGUCAUCUCGCGAAGCCGUGACGUCUCCGUGCGCAGGGUCGCCAUGUAACGCGACCCAAGUGUGCGUGGUGAACAGGAACUGCCUUCAUGGCGGCUCUUGCUCUCGGUACACUUGCGUCGAAGGUUGCCCAUUGGGUGACGGCAGUCCAAUAAUAGUUCCAAUCGGGUCCUGGGCUCGAGUACCCAUGACCAGCCCAUCGGGGAAGGCUUGCUUCAAGAUAUGCCACUGCACUGCCAAGGGUUUGGGGCAUUGCCAACCUUUACCCUGCGUAGCGUUGGAUAAUUGCAGACUUCAUGAGAAGGUUAUCACGCAUGGUGAAAAAUACUACAUGGAGUGCAACGCAUGCGCUUGCGUGUUGGGUGAGCGCGUGUGCGCACGACGUGCCUGCGGCCGCGCAGCCUUGCUGACCGGGCUGCCCUGCAACUGUCCACCGCACCAUCUGCCCGUCGCCGCCCCUGGACGGCGGUACCCGAACGCUUGCCUCGCCAAAUGUGCGGGUGCAACGGAUGCAGAGAUCGAAUUUGGAAUCCGGUCUGCGUGUGCGGGCGCGAGCUGCGGACGCCGCACGUGCUUGCCCGCGCGCAACGUGUGUCUGUCGCGGCUACAGGCUAACUGUCCGCAACAUAUAUGUGUAAAUACAAGUCACUGCAACGCCCAGCCUCCUAUGCCGGUGUGUGACACUGAUGGCCACACACACGACAACCCGUGCCAGCUCGUCCUCAGUGGAAACAUGUUCGCGUACUGGGGACAAUGCCUGGAACGGUGCUCAAAGGUUGGUCAUGUUUGCGGGGCAAAUGGCAUCACAUACAUCUCGGAGUGUGCUGCGUGGGCAGAGUACGUCAGUGUCGACUACCGCGGCCCGUGUCUCGCUGUAGGGCCUAUAUCCGACCUCAUGGAGCCUAAGUGCGAGGUCGACAGAAUAAUCUGUCCACCUUUGAUACAACUCAAUUGCCUGGGCUUCACGCCUCCUGGCGCUUGCUGCCCUAAAUGCGGAGGAGCUCUAAGAAUCCUUUAUUCCAAAAAGCAAAUUGAUAGAGCCUUAUACGGCACUAACAUAUCGUCCUCUGUGAUAAAUUUAAAGAAUGUGCUAAGCGCUUUGGAAAGACAAGUCAAAAUAGCUGAAUGCGCUUUGAGAGGUUACUUGACUAUAGAAACGGAAAUAUUUGUAACCGUUGAAACUAUAUUAGAAAAUCCAACUAAUCUUCAGUUGCGCGUAUGUGUCUUAGAAGCUGAGAAAUUGGCUGAACUUAUAAAUCGAGAGAGCCCGAUUAUUUCAAGUGAUCUAGGUUUAAGUGCGUUGUCGUAUGCGUUAACUGUUCAUACGUAUCCUACCAAAGGUGCAUCUAGUGUAAGUGUAUCUCUGUUAGCUGUUAUGAUUUCUUCUAUUAGUAUAUUCGUUUUAAGAUAAAACUGAAAAAGAGAAAUUGUUGUUAUUGUAAAUAUGUACGAAACUUUAAUUGUAAAUAAGAGAUUGAACACACCAAAUAUUAGUGCCAUUAUGAGAUUACCUGUAUGAUAAAUUGUCAACAAAUAGGCGAUCCUAUUUUGAUCAAUUUUGUAUUUUACGGCACAUUUUAUAGAUUAUGCCUUAUUGUGAUUAGUGAGUUCGUGGUGCCAUUUUGUUAUGUUGAUUGUACAUAAGUAAUAUUCCAAUAGACUGAUAUAGCAUUUUACAUGAAAGACAAUUUUAUUAUGACGUAGUCACCCAACCAAAAAUCUGCAAUUUAUAUAACCAAUUUAUUAAAGAUAUUAACUUUAGAAUUAAGAGAAAUAUUAUCCUCUGAAGCUCAAAAGAAAAUUAAAUGAAUAUUUAGAAA